CCACUACCCUAAAAAAGGGCUUCCAAAAGCCCUAGUCCUUCCUCUUAGUCGCUUCGGUUCCAAUGGCGAAUCCAGCGCCCAUCGUCGCGGCGCCAGCUCCCGCGCAGCGGAAUGCACAGCAGCAGCAGCCGCAGCAGCAAGGCGUUGGCCAGAUCCUGAUGGGGAUGAUCCGAAUGGCCUUGUUCUGGUACCUGGCAUCUCAGAUGUUUGGAUUCAAGAAGCAACCAGCUGAUCCUGCGACGUCGUCGAUCAAUCUCUUCUCCAAGGGCGAGAAACUGGAUAUGUGGUUCUAUCUAUCAGAGGAUCAUAAGUUCGCAGAUUUUGGCAACGAACAAGCGCUCGUGUGGCACGAAACCAACGUACCAUAUGCUGCGUGGACGCCCGAUAGCUCUCGCCACCAUGUCCUUACUUAUUCUCCCUCCGAGGCUGUGAUGAAGCAUAAUGGCACCGUUUAUGGGCAUGUAUUCUUUACACGAUCCGGCUUCUCACCGAACCCCAGUGACCCAGACUACGACCAUUUCUCAUCGUUUAGCAGAACAGUUUCUUUGAUCAGCUAUCUUCCAAAACCAAAGACAGACAAAAGGAAAAGUCUGUUGGAGGCCAAAGAUGAAGCGCCGGAGGUGCUCCCAGAAGUCGUAGAAGACGAAGGAAUCACCGAGUGGGUCUCUUUCUGGAAACCGAAUGUGACUAUGAAUCUGGUGGACGACUUUACAAAGUACUCUAGGAAUGCUCUUCCACCUACCGUAGCAGAGUACUUAAACUUUGAAGAGACAUCAGGAAACUAUUAUCCUACCGUUUUCUUCAACGAGUUUUGGCUACUGCGCGACAAGCUGAUACGCAUCAAUGAGACGACGACAGAAUUGACACUGAAUCUGGAUCUUUCUCCGAUCAGUCUCACUCGGUGGCAGCUUUACUUACAGAUUGACCAGUCCUUUCAGAUACAUCGCUCAUAUGGAAGCAUGCUCGAAGGUGAAGCCGACGAACUCAAGAGAGUUUUCCUAGAGGGCAACCCCAUUUUGUUGGCAAUCACGAUGACUGUCUCGCUUCUUCACACUGUUUUCGAUUUCCUCGCUUUCAAGAAUGAUAUCCAGUUUUGGAACAAAAACAAGUCGAUGGAGGGCUUGUCAGCUCGAUCAGUUGUUGUCAACUUUUUCUGUCAGCUUGUCGUUUUCCUCUACUUGUUGGACAACGAGACAUCGUGGAUGAUCAUUCUCAGCUCAGGCGUUGGCUGCUGCAUUGAAUUCUGGAAGAUUGGUAAAGCGAUGCAUAUCGAGGUGGACCGGAGUGGACGGUUCCCGCUCCUGCGAUUCAGAGACCGAGACUCGUAUGCCAAGAACAAGACGAAGGAAUAUGACGACCUGGCGAUGCGCUACCUAUCUUACGUCCUCUAUCCGGUUGUGUUGGGCUUCGCGAUAUAUUCCCUUAUUUAUGACCGUCACAAGAGCUGGUACUCAUGGAUCCUGUCAUCGCUUACGAGCUGUGUCUACACUUUUGGUUUCAUCAUGAUGUGCCCCCAGCUCUUCAUCAACUACAAGCUCAAGUCCGUGGCGCACCUCCCCUGGCGCCAAAUGACUUACAAGUUCCUCAACACAAUUAUCGAUGAUUUGUUCGCUUUCGUGAUCAAGAUGCCUAUACUGCAUCGGUUGUCAGUCUUCCGUGACGACAUCAUUUUCUUGAUUUAUCUGUAUCAACGUUGGAUAUAUCCCGUGGACCGCAAGCGAAUCAACGAGUUUGGUUUCGGUGGAGAGGACGCGAGUGACGUGACCGCUACUACUACUACUACUCCUGAUGCAGCAGAAGCAAUCGAUGGAGAUGCUCCUGCGACUUCGAUUCCAGAGCAGCAGCACCAUAAUGAGGACUUACGCCAGAGACAUCAUAACUCCAGGCAAGAGACGAGCAAAUCCGGUGCCAAUAGCAGCAGCAGCAGUAGUGACGAUGACGACGACGACGCCUCAACGACUGAGGAGAACAAAACGAAGACAACGUGAUCGUACGUGAAGCGAGCUAAGUUUUUUUAAGUUGUUACAUAUAGAAAACCAAACCAAACGCUUCUUUUUUUCUC